ACCAGAAGCACAACAUCAACAAAACGACCACGUUGCUACUUCUGUAUUCAUACAUAUCCACACACAAAAAGUCAAAAUUCGUUUAAAUUAAUUCUUGAUUUUGAUCCAAGAAUAGAUCUUUUUAAUCUGUAUAAAUUGAACCCAUUUCAGCUGUUGCAAAUCACACAACUUUCUUUUGCUUUCUUGAAUACCCAAUUAAAAAGAUCAAGACUUUAUUGGACCAAAUCAUACAAUGGCCUCUGAUUCCAAGAAAACAGUUUAUGACUUCACUGUUAAGGAUGUGAAAGGGCAAGAUGUUGAGCUUAGCAAGUACAAGGGAAAAGUCUUGCUGAUUGUCAAUGUUGCUUCACAAUGUGGCUUUACGAACUCGAAUUAUCCUGAGUUGACAACCUUGUACCAGAAGUACAAGGAUCAAGGUUUUGAGAUUCUUGCUUUCCCAUGCAACCAAUUUGGCGGGCAAGAACCCGGAUCCAAUGAAGAAAUUCAGGAGUUUGCUUGCACUCGUUUUAAAGCCGAAUACCCCGUCUUUAGCAAGGUCAAUGUGAAUGGGAAAGAAGCCGAUCCUUUGUACAAGUUCUUGAAGUCGAGCAAAGGCGGAUUUCUUGGUGACAGUAUCAAAUGGAAUUUCACAAAGUUCCUAGUUGACCGUGAGGGGAAGGUCGUUGACCGAUAUGCACCCACCACCAGCCCUCUGAGCAUCGAGAAGGACAUAAAGAAGCUGCUUAACGUCGCUUAAGUUUCAUGAGCGGGUUGGUUCUUGAGAGUCAUUUUAGCAAUAAACUAGCAACCGUCGAUGUUAUUACUUGUUUGUAAAUUAAUUUGUCGGAUGUUUUCGUGUUUAGUGUGGUGUUAAAUGAAGUUUGGUUUAUUAUUUGGUAUAUGAUAUAUGAGAUUUGACUUAUAUGUA